AUGCAGUUAUUUGGCAAAGUAAACGUUUUUCUUCUCAUGGUAUAUGUCAUUGGUUUGACAAGUUCAACAAAGGAACUUGAUCGAUUAAAGUCAAUUGUCAAACAUUUAGAAACAAGACUUAACUUCGAAUUUACACUCAGAGACGAAGAUAUUGCUGAAAUAACAUUGCGACUGAAUGACAUCAAUAAAUUGUUAAAUGAAACCAUUGGAAAACAACAACCCAUUCCGUCAACGGCGACAAAAACUGGUGUGAUUGAUUUUGAAACAGUGGAUACAUUGGAAGAGGAUAUAACGAGACUCAGGGCUGCGUUCACCGAGGAAAAGUCUGAGGCUAAAAGGUUCCGACGGGAAAUUCCAAGGAUUGAAAACAAUCUUAUAUCCCUCAACAAAGAUGUUAAAAACUAUUGCAAAGUCGCUGUAAAUAAUACUGAUCAAUUAUUAAGCAGUUUUGAAACGGUCAAACAUGUGUCAGAACACGCUAUUAUAACGUCUGAAAAUGACCGAAAAGUGUUUCAAAAUAUGGCUAAAAAGGUUCAACAAAAUAGUAAACAAAUUGAAAACAUUGAAACUCUAAUAACUAAUUUAUAUUCGAAAAUGGAGUAUUUAUUUUAUCCUACCUCCUGUCGUUCUUUAACAGAUAUGGGCAAUGCAGGUAAUGGAGUAAAAAAAAUACGACAAGGUUUUGAAGUUUUCUGUGACCAAACUACAGACGGUGGUGGCUGGAUAGUAUUUCAAAGAAGACUGAAUGGAGAAACAGAUUUUUAUCGUACCUGGGCUGAGUAUAAACACGGCUUUGGUGAUCUAGAUGGUGAGUUCUGGCUUGGCAAUGAUCAUGUAAGUUUACUGACAUCAGAUGGAGUACACGAACUUCGAAUAGAGAUUGAAGAUUUUGAGGGAAACAGUGCAUAUGCUAAGUAUAGUAAGUUCAAGAUAUAUCCGGAAGAAAACAAUUACAAACUGGAGGUGAGCGGAUACAGUGGAACUGCUGGAGAUUCUCUUAAACGUCAUAAUGGAAUGAUGUUUACAAC